UACAUGAAAUCACGAACCUAUAAUUAAAGCCCGGAAAAAAAAUCAAUGCGUGUUUUAACGCGUCUUCUUCAAGUUGGCGAUCAUCAUCCUCCGUACAUACCCUCCCUCCCUCAAAAUUUUUAUCUCUACUUGUUUUAUUAUCAAAAAUGGGUCGCCCUCUUUACUCUAAAGCUUUCCAGACGGAACCUAUCAUCAGACAGCCAGAGGCUCCUUGUCCAUAUGAAAAGUGGUCACAUAUCAACGCUUUCGAUCCAGACUCUGACGAGUUCUUCGAAAGCGACCAGGCAGUUUACGAGGACUUCGUUGACCACAUGCCUGUAGAACACUCGGAAGAUGAAGAAGAGAUGGAGGAGGACAGAGAAGCCGUAGUUAUCAGACUAGACCUCACCGGUGAGGGCAGUCUUCUCGACCGUGACAGCCCAAUGGCUGUUGGCGGUGAUAGCCUAGCCCAGUACAUUGGUCAGGCCUACCGAAGGCAGACGAUAGACUCGGAAGCUCCCGUCCGAGUUCGUCUCGCGGCCCAUGCUAUCCCUGGUGAAGUCCAGAGUGAUGCGCCAGUGUCGCAUGAAUCAGUAGAGAUCGACUCUUCGCGGGAUGUGAUGGCAUCAUUAGAUCCACCUCCGCAGCCAAUAUUUGCCACGCAGCCACACAAUGUCUUUAAUCACCGUCAUCAUGAACCUCGAGAUGAACUCCCUCUUCCGACCCCCAGUACGCCCAUCCCUGUUCCCGGCACAAACUCCUCUUCAUCCGGUGAAGGGCUAUCUCUCUCCUCGUUCUAUCACCACCAUAUAUCAUCAACACCGCCACGACGUCACACAUCCUUUUCUCGGUUUUCCCCGUCACCGCCUCCCACAGUCUCACCUCGUAUUUACACCUGGGCGCCUCGUCGCCAGACAUAUUCGCCAGCCGCCACAAGUCCUCUUCCUAACAAUAAUGCACGCAUGUCUCAUACUCAUAUAUCCCCCGCACUCGUCCGUGUCCGUGACGUCAUGGCUUAACUUGUAAAUCAUCGCAUCAUCGCAAUCUUUUGUUACAUAACGUCUUCCUUUCCUUCAUUUUGACUAGGGUUAUCGAAGCGUUCCAGCAUGCACCAUUCACCUGAUCUUUAUCCUGCUUCAUACACUCAGCUAAUCCAUUACUUAUUGCACUAUUACAAUGGCCGUAAAUGACCCACCUCGUUUACUGUACUAUACUGUGCUUUUAUAGACGUUGUUUAGCGGAAGUAUAGGUUAGACUUGGUGCUCUGAAUUCAUCCGCUUUCAGCAUUGUUCAUCCCUUA